CAAAAUGUUGUGUGAAAGAAACAUUAAUGCGAGACGUUUUAAAGAAUGAAGAGGAGCUAGGAGGAUAUUCACGGUCUGAACUGCUUCAAGGUCUGGCUAAUAUCUUUGAACAAAAUGAGAAUGAGUUACAAGAGAUGCUUCAACUGUAUCCACACCUAAAAGAAAUACUAACACAUGAUGAUCCUGAUGAACAAAUAUUUACGACACAAUGUUUGAGAGAACUAAGUAGAAAUAAAGAGGGAAGUGAGAAAAUCAUCACAGACAAAGAAUUAAAUUACACGUUAAAUACAUUAAUGAAUAGCAAUAAUAAAGAUCUUUUAGCUAACGUUCUUUCAAUAUUUUGGAGAGCUGGGCGCACAACGGGAAUGUUGCCAUCUAAAACUGAUGUGUUUCUGUCUGAUGAGUUCCCCCAAAAAUUUGAAGUAAAACCAGUCCCAUUCGCACAAGGAGGUUUUGGUAGCGUCCAUCUUGUUGUCGAUUUAGACCAACCAGUGGAUGAAAAGUUUGUUGCAAAGAAAACACAUGCAGACCCAAAUAACCAAAAGAAGUGGAUGGACAGCUUUGAAUCAGAGGCUUCGAUUUUAAUUAAACUGAAACAUAAAAACAUCGUCGUGUUUCAUGGGUAUCAAAAGAAUGAAAGUGAAAUCAUUUUAUUUUUGGAGUACAUAAAAAUGGGUACUCUCUCCACGUUCAUCAAACAACACAAAAGACUCAAUGAAGCUUUGACAAGGCAGUUUACAAUUCAAAUUCUAAAAGGUGUGAAAUAUUUACAUGAAAACAACGUUUUGCAUUUAGACAUCAAAGGUAGGUUAAGUGGAAACAUGAUUUUCUUAAAUAUUUAA